AUGGCGGAAGCGGCUCCCAAGCCUGCGCCUUGGUCCUCGAGCGCCAUUGACGCCGCAUCACACGGCGCAAUUGCCUUUUGCCAAAUCUACUACGAGGCAUAUGACGAGCCCACCCGUCGUUCAGUGGAGAUCCCCCAAUUCUACCUGCCGACUGCCAAGGUGGUGUGGAACGGCAACCCUGUCAAGCCCGACGUUCCCUCCAUGACGUCCUUCCUUGAUGCCUUCCCUCUCUCCCGUCACGACUGCCAGACACUCGACUGUCACCCUCUGAAGGCUCAGAGCGGCGCCCCCGAGCUUCUUCUGACCGUAACCGGCUCGGUCCUCCACGGUCCGUCCGUCCUGAAGAUUGGCGACAACCCCACUGUCGACCCGUCCGAGUAUCCGCGCAAGUUCCGCGAGGUGUUCGUGCUCCGCCCUGUCGAGGCCACUGAGGGUAUGCAACCGAAGUACGCUAUCCAGAGCGCCAACUUCCGUUUCAUCGGCUAG